UCUGUGUCACAGGAUGCUCCUGUACAGCCCCUCUGGACCCAGUGCUGUCACUAAAGCAGGGAGUGCCUCCGUGCCCUUUGGCCAGUUCUCCCUCCCGCCCGCCCUGUCAGAUGCCUUGUUCCCAAUCCCAUCACGUUCCCCCAGGAAAAAGGCAAAGUCCAAGCAAGCUUCAAGAGAUCAAAGGUUUUCUGAGUUCACAUGGUUGCUGGGAGGAAAGGGGGGGGAGUGAGCUGGGAGGCAUGAGAUCACAGCCCCGGGAAGCGUGUUCAGGAUCUUUGGCAACCCACUGGACAACGUCGCGGCAGAAUAUCCUGCGUAUGGUGAAGGAAUUUCCACCCUAUUAUGGCCAAGAGGCUUCUGGUGGCUAUCGCUCUCUGGGCUCUGGGGGGUCCAGCGGGGCUCCACCAUCUCUACCUGGGCCGGGAUAACCACGCCCUGUUGUGGAUGCUGACUUUGGGGGGCUUUGGAGUAGGGUGGCUCUGGGAGCUGUGGCUGCUGCCUGGCUGGGUGGCACAGGCCAACAGCACCCCGGAAGCUCACAGAGAGGAGCCCCCGCCUUUGAGCCCCGUUCGCUUCCUGGGCCAGGUCUUCGUGGGCAUCUACUUUGGACUGGUGGCCCUCGUUAGUCUCUCAGCCCUGCACGGUUUCUACUUGGUGCUGCUGCCUCUGGCCGUGGGCCUGGGAGUUCACUUGGUGUCUGAAGUGGGCGAGCAGUCCUCGGACCUGCAGGGCACGUUGACAGCUGCCUUCGCCACCGCACCCAUCUUCUACGGUCGCUCUGUGGCCAUCUUGCCCAUCAGUCUCACCACGAGUGUGUUAGCCCAGCGGCAUCGGCGUUACAAAUCCCGCCGGGGAACCGGCGAGAAUCUUAGUGCCCGGCUGUACCGACUGGGCUUGGCCUACUUGGCGUUCUCGGGACCGUUGGCCUACUCUGCCUUCUGCAACACAGCUGCCACGGCCAACUAUGUAGCCAGUACUAUCGGAGCCACGCUGGACUGGCUCAGUAUAUUCCCAUCACUGAGCAGCGUACUGGAAUCAAUGCUUCUCCUGCCCUACAAUGCCUGGAAGACUCUGGGCUUUGGCCACAGCUACUUCCAGGAGUGGGAGAAAAUGUUUGCGUUUGUACAGUCUUUCCAGACUGAGAGGCAGCAGAUGGCGUACAAGAUCUUAGGGCUCCAAAGUGAUGCCACACUUGAUGAAAUCAACAAAAGCUACCGGGAGCUGGUAAAGCGUUGGCAUCCAGAUCAUAAUCGGCACAGGGCAGCCGAGGCUGAGAGACAUUUUAUUGAACUCCAGGCUGCCUAUGAGCUGCUCACACAGAUGAGAAAACAGAAGCCUGCAUGACUGGAUAUCCUAACCAGCGAACAAACAACAGUUCUAUGUACGCUCAUCUGGUUGGUAUAUGGUUCUCACUGGAAGAUGCUUCCUUGGAGAGGUACUUUUUGUGUGCAUCAAAUAGGUCCAGAGGGUGGAAUUAUCCCACACCGAUGCUGGCCCAUGGUACCGGGGCUCAUAAGACCCUCCCUUUGUUUUCCUGGCCUUCUAAUUCUUUGGGGACGUUUCCACAGACCUCAUUCUUGACUUAGAGAAGUUUGUGAGGACAGAACUGGACCUAUUUGAACGAUGCCAGAGAAACAGGAACUGAAAUUGGCUGGGCAAAUUAAAUUAUCCAAAAAUCACCCAAACUUCCCAAUGAAUAGAUUAAAUAAAAUGCUAUUCCAUGUGAGUGGGAUUUGGAGGUGCAUAUGUGUUUUACAUGUUCAGCACAAUGUUAUCAAUCUUUAAAAUAAGACACUAUGGACUGAUUUGGUGUUGAAAUGCCUUUGAAACUGGCAGUAUGUAUCUGAAAGCAUUAGAUAGAAAUGCCGCUGGUUUCCUAGGAUACUGUACCCCUUGCUCUAUAAGCACUUUUUAAAACAUCCAAACAGUCAUUAAAUAAAGUUUUAUAAUUACAUUACUGCUGUUUUUCACCUUUUCUGCAAGAAGCAGUAUUUUAUUUUCCUUGACAUAGAAUAGCCACCGUCUCCUCUGCCACGUCCAGAUUUUUGGGACAAACAGAAAUCCCAGCACACUUGAGCAGGCAUUCCUCUUUACAAAUUAACCACCAAAAUAACUCACCUGCGUAUUCCUGUCUGUUUUACUAGCCUUUCUUUAGACCUUCCAAAUUCUUCUGUCUAUGCCUCAGAUUAUGAAUUGUGGUUUAAAACAAGAUAUGAUUACAUUUCAUGAGAAGAGUAUUUGGUUCAUCCUCUUGCUCUCCCCUGUGUUGGAAGGGUUGCAAUGAGGUAGGAUCCUUCUCUCGUUGUUGGUGGGGUUGUCCACGGAUAGCCACAUUUUGGAAAGAAAUAUUGGAAGUAAUAAAACAGAUUACGAGUUACGAUAUUCCAUUAUCGCCUUCAAUUAUAUUUCUAGACCAAUGGAAUAUUCCGCAGAUCCCAAAAGCUAUCAGGAAUCUUAUAGCAAUUUUGUUAGUUGCAGCGAAAUCAGCGACAGCUUCAGUCUGGACACUAAAGAAAGUGCCAACUAAAGAGAUGUGGCUCUCUAAGACAUGGGACCAUUUCAUCCUGGAUAAAAUUGAUGACAAUAUCCUCAAUGCUGAACGCUUUCCUGCCAGGUCUAAUUUCUAUGACAAAUGGUUCCCUUUUCUUGAAUUUAUAGACAUGCAUGAUUUACAUCCCAAAAUAAGAAUUGCUCAGACGUUGACUCAGUUUUCUGAUAUUUGGU